AGUUGAUUGGUUAAUUGUUGAUUUCAUUUGAUUAUUGUUUAUUGAUUUUGUAGAUAAUUAGUUAAACAAAGAAAGAGAAUAUCAAUUAAAUAGAAAAGAAAGUGAAUCUUAGUGACCCCUUUUAUUUUUAUUCUCAACUAUUCAACUGAAAUGUAAACAUUGUGAUCGAGUUUCUAAAAAAUUUUUCAUCUUUGUUUUGGUUUCAAUUUUGUGAUUUAAUUGUUUUGAUUGAUCGAUUGGUUAUCAGCUUUGGAGAUUUGAUUUGUGCUUCUCAUUUUAGAAUCAUGGAUGACAAUAAGUUAGCCUCGAUCGUAGAGGAAUAUUUACCUCUUCUUGGAACUACAAAGGAAAAGCUUGUUAUCGGUGAAAUAUUGACUUCUCUUCUUAAACUGGUUACAUCUCAUCCAUAUUCUGGUAAUUGGGAUUUAUUUGUUAAACUAAUUAAUGCCAGUAAACAUUUACUCUUAACCCAUUCAAGUAAUUUGAUUAAGCGUCAUUCAUUGGCCAUGUUGGCUCAUCUUGCUCCUGUUGCCAGUGAUGUUGGACCAAGUGAUUCAACUUUAUUAACCACUGAGAUGCAAAGUGAAUUUCUUGCUAUUGUUAAAAUCCUCCGAGAGUUUAGUCAUUAUUUUGAUCCUCGAGUUAGAUCAGCAGCACUUAAUUCACUUUAUAGUUUACAUCAACGAGGUGCUAAACUUGAUAUUAGCUUAUAUUGUGAAUUCUGUGAAGGUUUAACUGAUGAUUAUGAAGAUUGUCGAAUGGCUUCAAUAAAGUUAAUUGAGGUUUUAAGUCAUAGUUAUGCUGAUUGCUUAGUUUGCGUGGAAAAGGGCGAUGAGCAAAUUCGCUUGGUUGAUGAUGCUUUCGCUAAAUUGUGUUCCAUGAUGAAUGAUCUUUCAAUUAGAGUUCGAGUUCAAGCUGCUUCUCUUCUUGGUAAUUUCACUGAUGUCUCACCCGAUUUUCUUGAGCAAACUUUAGACAAAAAAUUAAUGUCCAAUCUAAGGAAAAAAAGAUCAGCUCAUGAACGAAGUCGUGAAAACUUUAAAUCAGGUGAAUGGUCAAGUGGAAAAAAAUGGGCUGACGAUGCACCUCAAGAGGAAUUAGAUCCUGAAGCUAUAAAUCUAAUGGAUAUCGGUGCAUGUGGAGCUUUUAUUCAUGGACUGGAAGAUGAAUUUCUAGAGGUUCGAAUGGCUUCCCUUGAGUCUCUCUGUAAAUUGGCGAUUUCAUUUCCUGCUUUUGCUCAACAAUCAUUAGAUUUUAUUGUUGACAUGUUUAACGAUGAAAUUGAAGAUAUCCGCUUAAAAGCAAUUCAAUGUUUAAGUCGCAUUGGUCAACAGAAUAUUACCCUUCGAGAUGACCAGAUAGAUAUUAUUUUAGGCGUUUUGGAAGAUAUGACGAUGGAUAUUAGAGAAGCUCUUCACGAUAUGCUUGGUAAUUGUAAAUUAUCUUCUAAAUUGUCACUUAAAUCUUGUAUUGAUAAGCUUUUGGACAAUUUACGACGAUACCCGGAGGACAAAAACUCUCUUUGGAAAUGUUUUCAAAAAUUGGGUUCCAAUCAUCCUCACCUAGUUGACCCUAUCGUCCAUGAAUUACUGAUGAUCCAUCCUUACUUGGACCUUCCAGAACCUUCAUUGGAAGAUGAUGCUUACAUUUCCGUUCUCAUAUUGGUCUUCAAUGCUGCAGCUCUUUGUCCAUCCAUUACAACUCUAUUUCAGCCUCACACCUUCAAACAUUAUUCUUACCUAAGAUAUUCAUAUCCCCAGGAAGUUCCUCAUAUACCGGACAUUGAUAGUGGCCUAGAGAUGAGACGACAUUCGUCUCAACUUUCCGAAAAUGUCUCAGAAUCAGCGAUGAGCUUUCUCUCAGCGAUAUUUGAACGUAUUCGUAACAUUAUGUCAUCUCCAUCAGUUUCCUUAGAAACUCAAGCUGCUGUGAUAGAGUUAUCGAUAGGCGAUUUGGAAAACUUUGGUGAAAUCGCCUCAAUGUCCCAUGCAUCCGAUUUCUUAAAACAAUACUUAAAAUGUCAAAUGUCACUACGCAAGAUUCUAUCGAACAACAAUUGGAUCAAUACUUUCCUUCUUUCACCAUUACAAUCAAAUUCAUUUCGUUCAUCACUCCAACAAAUCUUACAAACAACUUUCUGUCUGAUUCACCAAUUUCAUGGACUUGAUCCUUUCCACCUUUUCCUGAUUCUACAAACUCGAGUUAAAGCCUUGGCCCUCCAGUUAAUUGCAGUUAUCCAUGGAAGUAAUCAAUCAGCUCUAACUCUAUGUGAUGCUUUUCUCGAGGAAGUAAAAGCUUUACAAAGUCAUCUCAAACUAAAUGGUAUGGAACCCGAUCCUCUAACCAAAGAAAUGAUCCAAGAAGUAAACAAAUUGAGUUCACCAAAACCCGGUUCAGUUGCUCGAGCUCUUCAACCUCUUUUCCUAUCAUCACCUAAGCUCAUAAGUCAAGCGGUUGAUUUGACUCAACUUGUCUCUGGAAGUACAAUUGAAUAUUUAAAACAUUUACGAAAAUCAAAUGCCAUCAUUAACGAACCCAAUGGACGAUCAGAUAAUCCACUUAAAUUCACCGCUGGAUUAAUUUUAACCGUACGAUUAGAUGCAAUUAUUUAUAAUAUAAAAGAUACAAAAACCAUACGACUUAUGAUUCACUCACCCGAUCAAACAAAUAGCUUUAUCCUUCCUAAAUUAAGCGAUUUCAGAAUUUUGGACAAUAAUAGUAAUACUGAACAUCAUAAUUAUCGACUACUGACCAACAUUUACUUGUCACAUUCUGUUUGGACGGAGCCAUGUCAUGUAAGUGUCAGUAUUGUGGCCGAUUUCAGGGAAUCGGCCUCUUAUCUUGGCAUUUCACAAACUUGGGCUUCUAAAACGGGAUCGGGAAUCCGAGCUAAACCAGAAGAAAGUUUAAUCAUUGAAUUAUGUAAACCAGUUAAAUUAUUAAUUGCACCCAAACAACACAAGAAAGGUUUCUAAAUACAAUCAAGCCAAGAGACUAAAACUCAAUUCAACCAUAUUUUGUUAUUAUUUUAAUUGUUCAAUUUUCAAGUUGAUUGUAUGAUAAAUUUUUCAGCAUCAACGAUCAAGUUUACCGAUUGUAAAAUCAAUAUCAAGAAUAUAAUUUAAACCAAUCAAAUGA